UUAUCCAACGGCCAUCUUUUAAUUUGCAUUUUGCUAGCUACAUGUCUUUCUACAGAACCAUCGUCUCUUCCCUUUUCUUCAGCCUCUUUUCCUCCUAGCUUUGCUAAAAGAAACUUGAUAUAGAGGAAUUCAGAAAGCAAAGGAACCAUUUUGUAGCAGAAUUUCAACCUUGCAUCUCUGUUCGAAAAGGAAAGAAAAGCAAAUAAAAGAGAAGAAAGAAAAGGAGGGUCUUAAUUUUUCUUACUUGUAUUUGAAGACUCGUUUACUAUGAACAUGUUUGAUUCCUUAAGCCCAAACACACUUGAAGAAGUUCAGCAUAUUAUUCCACUAUCUUUUCCUCCUCACUUUGCUGCAAAAUAUAUAAUUGCCAAGCUGCCUAAAACCCUUGGUCUUUCCUUCCUGUGCUUCCAAACUCAAUUCCCUUGAUACAAUUUUGGGAAAAACAUGUUUUUCCUUGUUUUUACAUUCUUCUCACUUCUAGGCUUCUCUUCUUCCCACAGUUUGGUCAGUGAUUUUCAUGUUUUGCUUGCUCUCAAACAAGGGUUUGAAUUCUCUGACUCUGCUGCACUAAGCACUUGGACUGCCUCAAACUUCAGCUCAGUUUGUACAUGGGCUGGGAUUCAGUGCUCUGAUGGACGAGUUGUGUCGGUCAACUUGACAGAUUUGAAUCUUGGUGGCUCUGUUUCGCCGUUGAUUUCAAGUCUUGACCAACUUACUGAGCUGUCUGUUGCAGGAAAUAACUUCUCUGGUGGCAUUGAAGUAGUGAAUUUGGGUUAUCUUCGAUUCCUUAACAUCUCAAACAACCAGUUUACUGGGACUCUGCACUGGAACUUUUCGAGCCUGCCGAACUUGGAGGUGUUGGAUGCCUAUAACAACAACUUCACUGCUCUUCUUCCCACAGAGAUUUUGAAUUUACAGAACCUCAAAUACUUGGACCUUGGAGGUAACUUUUUCCAUGGAAAAAUCCCUGAAAGCUAUGGCAGUUUAGAAGAGCUGCAAUAUCUUUCUCUUGCAGGAAAUGAUUUGGUUGGGAAAAUCCCAGGAGCGUUAGGAAAUCUCACAAAUUUGAGAGAAAUUUACUUGGCCCAUUACAAUGUUUUCGAAGGGGGGAUUCCACCCGAGCUCGGGAAGUUGGCCAAUUUGGUUAUCAUGGAAAUUGCAGACUGCAGUUUGGACGGUCAAAUUCCUCAUGAACUGGGGAAUUUGAAGUCCUUGAACACUCUAUAUUUGCAUACAAAUCUACUCUCAGGUUCAAUUCCGAAGCAGUUAGGCAAUCUUACAAACUUGGUCAAUCUGGAUCUCUCCAACAAUGCACUCACAGGAGAAAUCCCAUCUGAGUUUGUUGAGCUCAAACAGCUCAACCUUUACAACCUCUUCAUGAACAAGCUACACGGAUCUAUUCCAGACUACAUAGCAGAUUUGCCAAACUUGGAGACCUUGGACCUGUGGAUGAACAAUUUUACCGGCACAAUCCCGAAGAAUCUUGGCCAAAAUGGGAGGCUUCAGCACCUCGAUUUGUCGACAAACAAGCUCACAGGUACAAUACCUGAGGGCUUGUGUUCAUCAAACCAGCUGAAAAUACUGAUUCUGAUGAACAACUUCCUGUUUGGGCCAAUCCCUGAGGGUCUGGGGUCAUGUACCAGUCUAACAAAAGUGAGGUUGGGGCAGAACUAUCUGAAUGGAAGCAUUCCCAAUGGCUUCAUUUACUUGCCUCAGCUAAAUUUAGCAGAGUUUCAGGACAAUUACCUUUCAGGUACACUUUCUGAAAAUGGGGAGAGUUCAUCAACACCCAUCAAAUUAGGGCAACUUAAUCUCUCUAACAAUCUUCUCUCAGGAACUUUACCAUCUUCGCUUUCUAAUUUGUCUUCUCUGCAAAUUCUCCUCCUCAAUGGCAACCAGUUUUCUGGUACAAUCCCUCCUUCCAUUGGAGAACUCAAUCAACUUCUAAAGCUUGAUCUUAGCAGAAACUCACUUUCGGGUGAAAUUCCACCUGAAAUUGGGAAUUGUAUCCAUCUCACUUACCUUGAUUUGAGCAAGAACAACCUCUCUGGCCCAAUUCCCCCUGAAAUUUCAAAUGCACAUAUUCUCAAUUACCUCAACUUGUCGAGAAAUCACCUAAAUCAAUCCCUACCGAAAUCAAUUGGGGCAAUGAAGAGCCUGACGAUUGCUGAUUUCUCCUUCAACGAUUUCUCCGGAAAGCUACCGGAAUCAGGACAACUUGCCUUCUUCAAUGCUUCAUCCUUCGCCGGAAAUCCUCAACUCUGCGGCUCUCUCCUCAACAAUCCCUGCAACUUUGCAACAACAACAACAAAACCAGGAAAAACUCCGACGUAUUUCAAGCUAAUCUUCGCCCUCGGCCUAUUAAUUUGCUCUCUAGUGUUCGCCAUAGCGGCAGUUGUCAAAGCGAAAUCAUUCAAACGAAACGGAUCAAGUUCAUGGAAAAUGACCUCAUUCCAAAAGCUUGAUUUCACCGUCUACGACGUCUUGGAGUGCGUGAAAGACGGCAAUGUGAUCGGAAGAGGCGGCGCCGGCAUCGUCUACCACGGGAAAAUGCCGAAUGGAGUUGAAAUCGCAGUGAAGAAACUUCUAGGGUUCGGCCCUAAUAGUCACGACCAUGGAUUCCGAGCCGAAAUCCAAACCCUAGGCAACAUUCGACACCGAAACAUCGUAAGAUUACUCGCAUUCUGCUCCAAUAAAGAGACAAACCUCCUCGUAUAUGAAUACAUGAGGAACGGAAGCUUAGGCGAAGCACUCCACGGCAAAAAAGCCUCGUUUCUCGGAUGGAAUUUGAGAUACAAAAUCGCCAUUGAAGCCGCCAAAGGUCUCUGCUACCUCCACCACGAUUGCUCUCCACUAAUCGUCCACCGAGACGUGAAAUCGAACAACAUUCUCUUGAAUUCCAACUUCGAAGCUCACGUCGCCGAUUUCGGAUUGGCGAAGUUCAUGUUCGACGGCGGCGCAUCGGAAUGCAUGUCGGUGAUCGCCGGAUCUUACGGCUAUAUCGCUCCUGAAUAUGCAUACACGUUGAGAGUCGACGAGAAAAGUGAUGUGUAUAGUUUUGGAGUCGUGCUAUUAGAGCUUUUGACAGGACGUCGACCAGUUGGAGAUUUUGGAGACGGAGUGGUUGAUAUAGCUCAAUGGUGCAAAAGAGCUCUAACAAAUGGCGAAAAUGAAAACGACAUCAUUUGCAUAGUUGACAAAAGGGUAGGAAUGAUACCCAAAGAGGAAGCAAAACACUUAUUCUUCAUAGCGAUGUUAUGCGUGCAAGAGAACAGCGUGGAAAGACCAACAAUGAGGGAAGUGGUUCAAAUGUUGGCUGAGUUUCCUCACCAAUCUCCCAACUGUUUCCAAUCUUCCUCUUCUUCUUCUUCUCCUUGUCAAAAAUUGAAGAAUGGCGGAAAGGAAAGAGAACACCAGUCAAAAUCCAAACCAGAUCUUUUAGUUUAAGAGGAAAAAGAGUGAUGAUUUUUUCUUUUUUCUUUUAAUUUUUAGUCAUUAGGGUUUUAUCAAUAUAUAGGUUUAUAUUGGGGUUUAGUUUCAUAUGUUUUCCUUUUUUUUUUUUUUUUUAAGCUUUAGAAUUUUGUGUGUUAAAUGGGUUGUUUUGAUAUAUGUAAAGGUUUUUUUAAGUUGAGUACUUUUGGCUAAGAAAAUUAGUUAGUGGUAGCUAGAAGGAAAUUUGAGGGGGGGAAAAGAGUAGAAAGAAAGUGGGGAUGGGGAUGAGAGAAAUAAACUGAAAUUAAAAGAGUGCACAUCUUUUGAAGUAAUGGGUGGAGAGGCAAAAUGCAAGCAUCAAUGGGGUCUUGCACAUUAGCCCUUGACUUUGUAUCAUAAUUUGAUCCUAGUCAUCAAUACAUAUAACAUUAUUAAAAA